UCCAGACGUCUCCUGUGUUUUUGCUGCCCAUGAGAUAAUAUUCAUUGCUACCAGACAUUUGCGUCAGUGACAGAUAGUCUCAAUGCCAUCAUGCCCCAGCUUGGCUCAAUAAAGAAAUCAGGAGGCAGAAGGAGCUGGGCAGAUUCAACAGAAGAGUCAGUCUACCUCAUCCACGAGACAAGACUUCCCUACACACAUUCUGAGCCACCAAGCAGUAUCGGGGAACAGUGCCUCAGCCGGAACUCUUACACACAGGCAAGAGCAUUUUUUUUUCUUUGCAAGAACUUCACACAGCCUGCAUCUCGUUCCCUCGUACCUGAUGGAUCAAAGCUUUCUGCACAUCUGGACCAGGAUGAACUUCAUGCUGAUCCUGCAGCUGAUUUUGCUAGGUUCUGCUGCUGUUGCUGGCUGCAACAGGGAUGCUGACAGGCCAUUCAUCCUGGCUAAAAUCAAGGAACAUUUCCUGGACUUUCUUGGUCCUGUCCCCCAAAAUGAAAAGAUCCAAGGGGGACAAAGGGGGCUCCACAGGCGGCAUACCUUGGACACAGAAGUGACUCGCAGCUUGGAGGAAGAAGACCUAUCCCAAGUGAUUGCCUUCCCAACCCAAGAGGUAUCCUGUGAGCCACUUCAGCCAGAUGAGCUUCCAGAGGAUGAGGGAGUUUUCACCCACAUUUUUCAACCCUCAAUACAUAUCCUGAGUCGUGAGGUGACAUCAGCCCAGCUGUGGUUCUACACGGGCCCUGUGAUCGUUCAGAACAGCCCUUUAGAAGCUGCCUCUAGCAACAACUCCUUCCCAGAGAUACUCACGCUCUCUGAAGAAGGCCAGGUUCCUCUAGCUACCAUGGCAAUGCCAGCUCCUGAGGGCUGGACAGUCUUUCAUUUUAGAAGAUCCUUCUUCCAUUACCUUUCCCAGAAUGUAUUUGUGCUCUUCAUUCGUUGCCUAGGCUGCCCCUGUGUGGCUGAUGCUGAAAAGAUGCCUUUCCUUGUGGCAACCACCAAACCCAAGACACCAGACCGGGACCGGCGUUCCUUAAAAGAAAAUUUUCUAGCUAAUCUCACUUUGUUCCAGCAUAAUGCUAUGCCCCAUGACAAUUGCCACCGCACCUCCAUCAACAUCACUUUUGAAGAACUAGGAUGGGACAAUUGGAUCGUGCAUCCUAGCAGCUUUAUGUUUUAUUACUGUCAUGGAAACUGUUCCGGAAUCCAGACUUUGAUUCCCAACUCCCAGGAUUGCUGUGCUGCCUUGCCAGGCACCAUGCAGUCUCUGAGAGUCCGUACCACCUCAGAUGGUGGCUACUCCUUCAAGUAUGAGACAGUGCCCAACAUCAUCACCCAGGACUGUGUCUGCAUAUAGCAAUAACUCAACUUUAGCAAUAUAAUCCUCUCCUAAAGGAAAGCUAUUGUCUUGCUCAGAUCUGUUCACUCUAAACCCUCUGCAACAAGAUAUCUUCUUCAUAUGAACCCAGAACUAAAGCACUUCUACUCAGGGCUUAAUAGUGCCAGUGCCUUAUUUUUUUCACUGUGAAGAUUGGCACCUCUGGCCUUCACAGCCAGAUUUGGAGGCCUCACAACAUCUCAUUUGCCCUUGGAUUUUAUUGACAGAAGCUAAAAUCAGAAUGGAGAACCAGGACUGGAGUGGAGAAGCUGUUUAAUCUUCCCCUUUUGUUUUGUUCACUCAAAAGUGCCUCUGCUCAGCUGAUUUCCCACCCACAGAAUAAUUUCAGGUUGGAGAGGGUGAUAUUGAGCAGACAGGAAGGGAUAUGAUAGUCUUCUCCUCUUCCUCCUCCUCCUCCUCCUCCUCCAUUUGUUCCUUCUUGAUGACAGUCCACAAGAAAAGCAAAUGAAUGCAUGUAUUUUGCAUUCUGUUUUUGCCUGACUGUCUUGAACCUAUAUCUCUGAACAGAACAAGAAGUGCAGUCCUGUUUUCCAAAACUAGAAAGGAGAGUUUAAGGAGUCUCACAACCUGAGAAAAAGAAUAGUGUGUGUGUGUGUGUGUGUGUGUGUGUGUGUAGAUUCUUAUUAAUCAUAGAACAGUCAUACACUCUUUCAAUUAACUCUCUGAAUUCUAGGGAUCUGAAUGCUUCCUUUUCAAAAAUCAUCUCAUUUGCCCUUGGAUUUUAUUAACAGAAGCUAAAAUCAGGAUGGAGAACCAGGACUGGAGUGAAGAAGCUGUUUAAUCUUCCCCUUUUGUUUUGUGGGGGAAAUUGCCCAUUUUUGAUGAAUGAUUAAUGAUCCUCAGUCCUGACAUGCUACAUUUUCAUUGUGUCUUUCUUUCCUUGUGCUCUUUCAGACAAAUUUACCCUUGAGGUUCUACAAACACAAAGAGGAAACUUGCAGCAGAUUGCUUAGCUUCUCGACCACCUCCUUUCUUAUUUGCCAAACGAACCAAAGGCUGUGGAAUAGGACAUAUAUGUAUAUAUUCUGAUAAGAGUUAUAUAGACUCUUAUAUAAUGUUUGUGUGUGUGUGUACACAUACAUACAUGCAGAUAUACACAUACAGAUAUAUAUAGUAUAUAUAGUCUAUAUAGUUCUUAUCAGAAUAUUGGGGAAGCAGGAAAGUGGGCCUAUUUUAGAAAUAUUUAGAAAUCUCUAAUUUUAAAAAACGUUCAGUUGAAUGCAGCAAGUACGGAGAGUUCUCAACUUACAAACAUUCAUCUAGCAACUGUUUGAAGUUACAAUGGCAUGGGGAAAAAUGACUUAUGACCAGUUCUUGCACUUACAACUGUUACAGCUUCCUCACGGUCACAUAAUCAAAAUUCAGGCACUCGUAUUUAAGGUGGUUGGAGCACCCCAGGGUCACGUGAUUGCCAUUUGUCACCUUCCUAGUUGGUUUCUGAUAAGCAGUCAAUGGGGGAAGCCAGAUUUGUUUAAUGACUACGAUUCACUUAACAACCACAAUGAUUUACUUAACAACCAUGGGCAAAAAGGUUCUAAAAUCAGAUACGACUCACUUAACAACCGUCGUGCUUAGGAGUGGAAAUUCUAACCCCAAUUGUGGUUGUUAAAUCGAGGUCUACCUGGUUAGCUUGGUUUAGGAAUUGGUGAUGUCUGCCUUUGGCAGUAGUUAUUGUCACUUGAUAAAUAUUCCACCCAAGGAGGAAAAUUUCAAUUUCACUAUUGAAAUGGAUGAAACAGAAGUCAAUUGGUUUAAAUAAGCACUGAGGAUGGGGUGACUGCUUGCAACUGGAGAGUAUCCUUAACCAGGUACACGGUGAGGUGGCCAGAGUGUAGGCGUCCCCUUGCUUUGUGAAGCUGGCAUCCUAAUCAGCAAUCAUUGUAAAAGCCUGGUUAAAAAAUGUUUCCAAAAUAAUGACAGUUAAAAUAAAAACGUUUAUUCUCUAAAA